AUGGCAGGUCCCAGUAGGAAGCAGAUGUUGCGGUUUCUUAGCCAGCUAGGGGCGUUUAUUUUGACCCGGUUCGGAUUUUGGAACUGCUUCUGUAUGUUGAUGCUGUUUGCUGAACGAGCGGAUUCGAAAAGGAAGCCAGACAUCCACGUCCCGUACCUGUAUGUGGACAUGGGGGCUGCAGUCCUCUGCGCCAGCUUCAUGUCGUUUGGCGUCAAGAGGAGGUGGUUUGCAAUGGCUGCUGCCGUACAGCUGGCCAUCAGUACCUACGCAUCGUACGUCGGAGAACAGGUGUAUUAUGGGGACUGGCUCAAGGUACGAAUGUAUUCCAGAGCGCUGGCCAUUAUUGGAGGCUUCCUGGUUCUGUCCAGCGGGGCGGGAGAGGUUUACAGACAGAAGGCUCGCAGCAGGUCCAUGCAGUCUACUGGACAAGUCUUUCUGGGGGUCUAUCUCAUCUGCAUGGUGUACUCCCUCCAGCACAGCAAAGAGGACAGGCUGGCCUAUCUGAACCACAUCGCCGGGGGAGAGAUCACCCUGAUGCUGCUGGAGGUGAUGUUCGGGGUUCUGGCUCUGGCCUUCCUCUCCGGCUGCUACAUCCGACUGGCGGCUCAGAUCCUGGCCACCGUCCUCCCCCUGGUGAUCCUGCUCAUCGACGGCAACGUGGGCUACUGGCACCACACUCGCAAGGUGGAGUUCUGGAACCAGAUGAAGCUGAUUGGCCACAACGUCGGCAUCUUUGGCGCCGUGCUGAUCCUGGCUACCGACGGUUGAACCCUCGGGUGGGGGGGAGGGUUUUCACAGACAACUUUCAUGGACCGAGGUGUGUUGCGCAGGAUGAGAUCGUUGGAGUUUUCGUCACAGUCCGACUUUGUACUCGAACGCUGCUUUGACCCGGUGACGUCUCAGGAUUCAAUCACGCCAAGCUGAGACGGUUGGAUGUAAGCUGCAUCGAUUGUCCCCGCCUACUAGCUGGUAACUUUGCUUUUGCAAGAAAAAGAGACACACAGGCUUCCUUUUUUUGUUUUUUUUUCAAUUUUAAUUAUUUAUUUAAAUUCAUGUUUACAUGUUUUUGUUUCUGUUAUGACACUGAGAAUCGGUGGUACUGUAAAUCUACAGGGAACUUUUACUCCAAGAGAAGUCUUAAACAGUCUAAUCAUAUUUUUUUUUAACGGUGUAAUGGUUUCAGUAUUUUACAAAUAAAGGGAAAGUUAUACUCACUUACCGCCACCUUAUUAAGUACACUCGUUAAAUUUAAUACAAUCAAACAGAAGAGCUCUGCCGUAAAUUCUUCUACGUUUAUAGUUUUUGUUUGUGAUUCUACUUUCCUGUUAAGGUCAUAGUGGGUGAUUGUGGACUGCACUGAAUUUAAAAACAUUCUUGAUCUUUUUCCACACCUGAGUGGGAGGAAAAUAUUAAGUACUCCUGAAUGUAAUGCAGUCCAUUAUGACUUUAAUAGCAAGUCAGAAUCAUCACCUUUCUGACAACUUAAAGAUAAACUGUAGAAAGUGCAGCAGAGUCCUUGUGUUGACUUUUGGGACGCAACUGAACUCACACUUUGGAUUGCAUCGCUGCUUUUGAGAAAAGAUUGCUGAAUUCGUCAGCUGCUUUCUUGCGUUCAUGUAAACACAGAAGUGCUUUGAAGUAUGUAUAAACUACCAGAGCAAAUUUCAUAAAACUUGGAGAGGUGGAGCAGUUGCAUGUCCCAGAUCCACGUCUUUUUCUACGACACUGCGAGAGAGGACGAAACUCUGAGUGCCCCUCAGUCAGACUGUAUUUCACACUACGAAAGCUGUUUGCUAUUAAUUCAGUAGUAGUUCAUAUGCGUGACAAACGCUGGAUGGGAAAAGGUCAACUACCUUCCCUGACAACACUAAUUGGAUUGCAUUAGAUUAGACAGCUGUACUUAAUAAAGUGACUGUUUGGGAGCGUGUGUUGUAUUGCUCAUGAAAUGGGAGGGCUCUGCUUGAGGCAUCGCUUUUAACUUGCGCAGACAUGACUAUAUGUAGGUUUUCAUUACGUUUAAUAAACACAGCUUUUGUAUC